CGCGACGAGGCGGCGGCCCUCGGGCAGCGGCACGCGGAGCUUCCAGGCGUGGAGCAUCAUCCGCGCCGCGGCCGCCGUCGGGCCGUCGUCGUAGGUCGCGUCGCCGACGAGGGGCACGCCCGCGGCGGCCAAGUGCGCGCGGAGCUGGUGCCGCCGCCCCGUGUGCGGCGUCAGGGCCACCUUCGUGCACGCGACGCCCCGGUAGCGGCACGCCGCGAGCGCGCGGACGCGCGUCGACGCCGCCUUGGCGCCCGCGCCGCCGACGCGCACGCGGAAGCCGUCGCUCGUCGCGAGCGGGUAGUCGAUCGCGAAGGCCCCUCGCACGACGCCCGCGACGACGCCGAGGUACGUCUUCCGCGUCGUCCGGUCCUCGAAGGCGCGGCCCGCCGCCGCCGCCGCCCGCGAGUGCAGGGCUCCCAGCAAGAGGCCCGAGGUGCCGUAGUCGAGGCGGUGGCAAUAUUUGAUCGUCGCGUCGGGAAGCCACGCGCGCGCCAGCGUAUCCAUCGUCACACUAUCGUGCAGGCCGUCCAUCCGCACGUCCGGCGGCUUGCACAGCACCGCGUAGUCUUGUGUCCGAAGCAACACGCGCGGCGCGCAGGCCUCGACCGAUGCGGGUGCGCAGCGCCGCGGCACCGCACCACGCUCCGGCCAUAGCCCGCGCGGCAGCGGUCGCGGCGGCGGCGCCUUGCGCAGCGCUGCUCGAUGGCGUGCGAGCAAGUGUCGUCGGCGGCGUCGUCGCGUGCGCCGGCCCGCUUGCGCCAGCUUUGCCUUGUCCGGAAUGCCUACAGUGUGCAGUGCUCUGGGACCCGUUGCGCUGCAAUGAAUUGCUGUGCACUUAUAGAUGCAAUGCUUAUGAAGACCACACGUCGGCAUGCACAGAGGCUGCAGCUGAU